GGGAAAAAAAAACUUAAAAGUGAGUAAAUAAAUCACCAGAAACCAUCAUUCCGUUUGAGAGUGCAUAUAUUUUUUAAACUUUCACAACCACAUCUCCAAAAGAGAAUGGUUGAAAAUAGUAAACAAAAAUCAGCUGUGUUUUAAUAUUCAAAAACCAAAACAAAUUGGCACCCGUUCGUUUCACGUGCAGCAUAGUUUAGUUUUUUCUUAAAUUUUACCGGUAAUAUUCAACAAAUACCGGCUGCAAAUGGAUACCUGUGAGGUGUGUGGCCAGCACGAGUUCACGGUGGACGAAGGGUUCCACUACUGCGUCGAGUGCGGAACCAAAUCGCAACAGCAUGGCAUCGAAAUGGUUGCGGAAUUCGACGAACACCUUCCGAUGGGCGGAGCGAACGCUGUGGGGGGUGGGACCAUCCGGAUCAAACCGACCAAGAAGAAGAAGGGCAAAAUGCUCACCAGCUGGGAGGUGGUCAACUUCAUUCUGCUCGGUUACACCGACCGGCUGGUGACCAUCGGAGCCGGGGAAAACUUCAAGCUGACGGUGCUGCAACUGUGGACGGCUUACCUGCGCCGGUCGGAGGUGGCUUUCUUCGACAAGACGAAACCGGAACGUCCCCGGCUGGAUGUGUUCCACCGGAAAACGGACGCAAACAUAAUUUACAAUCGUAAGCUUAAGAAGAAGCGCGAACGGAGGAAAAGUACCGUUUCGAGCGUACAGCCAAGCUCGGCGCCGACUUCCGGUGUGGCGUUGACUAAGAAGGUUCGCUCGGAACAGAGGAGCUUACUUAACGCGGAGUAUGAUACGUUCAGGGCCUCCCAGUCGGAUAUUAACAGGUCACUGCACGAGCUUUCGGUUCGAUCACUGAACGCAAGCUUGUCCGGAACGGAAAGUGAAACCAGCUCGAAAAGCGGAGGCCAGAAGAUAAAGUACUCCCGGUUGGCGAGGAUCAAGAUGAAGCGAAGACUUAAGAUGUCCACGAAGCAUAUCGACAAGCACGAGAGCGACGUGGAGGAUGUGAUGAAAUGCCACGCGUCUCUGGAACCGAACAAGAGGUUGAAUUCGACGCGUCGAUCGGAUCCGGAAUGUCUGUACCGGAAGGCGAUAGCAUCGAUUCUGGCCCUGGCGUUAAAUGUGAGCAGAAGUCCGGUGCAGUUUGCCGAUCUGUUGCGCUUGUACCGAGAGGAGCACAUUUCAUGCACGAACCUUAUGCAGUACAUUCCGGAGGAAGUGGAUACCAGCAGCUGUGUGGAGACGCUGUGCGGACUUCAGAGGGGGAGAUCUUUGGCCCAUACCGACCUGCUCAUGGGGGUGCGGCAGAUGAUGAAGUUUCUAAACGUGAAACCGGUUGUUCCGGAUUUCAGCAAGCUUUGCAAGCGGUAUUUGGAGGAACUGUGCCUGCCGGAUGAUCUUAUGGUGCUUUUGGAUCGAUUGUUGGCGGUCUUUCCGCCGAAAAUGGAGCACGUUGAGGGUAGGACCCUCUCGAACUACGAAGCCCGGGCAAUGGCCUUCAUUAUGUUCAUGUUAAAGCUGUUGUUCGGUUGUAAUGAUUCUACGGAAAUGAAACUGUCCAAAUCUGCAACGAAAUUUAAUACUAUGCAUAAAAACCUGGGACCGUCCUAUCGACAAUUGUUCGUCUUUCUGGAGUGGUUGCGUUACCUGGAAAUGAGGAAAGUUAUCCUGGCUCAGGUUCACUAUCCGACGAAUCGAAUGGUUGCCAAGGAAGAAGGAAGCGAACAAAAUCCGGACUUAUUCAUCGAUUACAAUCUGCGUAAAAAGCAAGGCGGAGACUUGUUUGGAGUAUCAAGCAAGCCAGUUAAUCGUAAUUGGAUGUCUAAAUUGAAGGAUUUUUCCACAAACGUGGUGGAUACUCUUCACCGCCUUAAUCCGACCACGAAAUCACCUCAAAGCAUCGAAUUCGAACCCAGCCUCACUCCGAACCGGUCCUACCUGGAAACUUUCCUUCUAGCGUACAACCGAGACGAAAAGAUCCACGUGCCGAAGUUCAUGCACGAGAACCACGGAGAACGCUCGGUUGUUCCUCUGGUCAGCCCAUCGGAUCUCAAACAACUCCUCCAAACCAAUCAUCGAAUCACGCUCAAAACGAAGAAAGUGCCUUCGGCCAUUUCCCAGCUGGAAUUCAUCGAUUCAACCGUUGUCAACAACACUCUCUGGCGGGUGAUGCAAAACGAAUCCCCCUAUCUGCUCAUCGACGAGUGCGACGAAUCCGACUGGACACCCCCGCCCAAGCGCACCUCCAUAACCCACUCUCACGAGCAUAUCCUUUCUCGUAUCCUUAUUCGUAACAUGGAACAAAGCCAGGAAACCCAGCUGGAUCACACACUCCCAUCGGAUGACACCGAUCAAACUGCCACCGAAUCAAUUCUAACAUCCUCAUCGAACCACGAUUUCUUCGGUUCGCCCCAACCAUCCUCCUCGCAGGAAUCCCUCAUCCCCCCGUACCAAAACACCACCCACUCGCUGCUGACCCCCAACUACGACUACUGGGUCCGCUUCUAUCCCGUCAGAACGCUCGCCUCGCGGGAGCAAUUCGACGAGGAGGUGGCCGUCACCCUGCCGGACAACUUCCGCCUGGUGCUGGAGGAAUGCGCCCGAAUCGUCGAGACGCACCCGAUGGUGCUGUACCAGGAACUGAUGACCGUGGAGGCGUACCUGUUCUAUGCGGUGCAGCCCGUGGAGCGAUUCUUCGAUGGCACCGCAGGAUGCCCGGUGCAGUUUGCCAGACUCACAGAUAGUCAUCACAUAAAUAGUCUGGUCAGCGAGGCCAAAAGGAAAUAUUAACGCCAUGGAUUUAGAUUUUAGUAUAGGUUAUCCAAGGGAACGAUAAGUCAGCAGAUAAUUGUGCUAUCUGUAUCUUAGAUGACCUGCAUGUGUCAACUGACUUUUUUCGGGGUUUCAUACGCCAAUUUUAUGCUGUGUAUUUAUCAGUAAUAUAUUAGGUACAUUUCAUGCGUUUUAGCAGUUAAGAUUUUAGCCGACAAUUCUUUACCUGCAUGUUAGAAAUACAUUUUUGUUUAACCUAAA